GGUUCCACCAGAAGCCACGCCCUGAACCCCGCUGUGGUGGCUGGAGGGCCACCACAUGGAGCAUGCCGAUCCUGAUUCCAUUCUGUCAUGGGAGGACUGGAGCCCUGGCUGCACCGGAUGUCGAUGAGAUUAUCGUCGGGCCAAUACAUUCCAAGCUGCUGCCAUGGACGCCAGGCAGUAUCAGUGACAGUGAGCCCACGGAGGUGACGUUGCUGCCAGUCCUCGCCACGGGUUUACCCGCAAUGAGUAUGGAUGAUGAUGUUGUGUACCUGCUGUCCAAGGCAUGCUCCUCUGGUGAGAUGGAAGUGGUGAUUGCUGUUGACUCGAGGAAGAAGACGCUGCGAGGAGUGGGCAAGCUUGUUGCCGGAAAAGACUUCACUGACAUGCGCAACCUCACCACCAAGAUCUCCAAGUAUCUCAGUCUCAAUACGGCCGCAGAAUGACGAACGGAGGCAUCAACAAGAUAUUUCAUGAGCAAAACUAGCAGGAAAAAGAAACUGUUGCG